AGUUUAAAAAUUACUUGUUUAAAAGGUCUUAAAAUGUGUGGUGUGGCCCGUUGUGGCGAAGUUGUUUGCACUCUCUUUUGAGAAAUUGAAAUGUAAGGAAAGUUUGGACAUGAAAAGGAAGACUGUUAUAAAUCAAUGUGCCCUGAUAAGAAAAGUACUUAACGCGGACGCAAGUUUUAGAAUUUCGCAAUAGUCAACUGUAAAUUCUUUGUGCAUUUGUCAGUAUUGGAGGAACCACUAUCUUGUUAUUUCUGUAUGGUCGGGGCAAAAGGUUUUUCGUUGCGGACUGUUCUUCGGAAUAACGAUAUCGGACGUGGAAAUGUGGAUGUGGAAAUGGUGUAGUAGCGGAGAUCGUGUGCCUAAGUGGGAAGCCAGGGAGGCCGUAAGCAUGAGCCUUUGGGGUUCAAAACUCAGCCUAACCACGACAGUUUUAUUCCUUUCAGGACUGGUCCUUACAGCGACAGGGCAAACAUGUGGAACCCUCUGCCCACCACCUGACGUAUUAGGCGGUGGAACAGUAACUUUUUCCCCCAACCAGACAUGCUAUGAUGAAGGUUCAUCUGUGAACGUCACUUGUAGUGGAUACCUAUUCGGAGUAACAGAUAUUGGAGAAUGCUUCAAUGGAUAUUGGGAAACACCGCAGCAACCAACGUGCGAAGAAUCUAAUUGCCCUGUGCCCACAGCUCCCCAGAAAGGCUCAUAUAGCCCAUCGGAUAGUAACUCAUUGUACGAUGAGAUUGAGUACUCAUGUGACGAAGGCCUCUUCCUUGAUGGUCCCAGCAUGGCAGUUUGUACUGGGACAGGGCAGUGGUCUCCAAAUACUACACUAUCAUGCUCUGGGAAUUGCACGAUUCCUGUAAUUACCAACGGAGAAGGUACAUCAUCUGACGACGUACUUCAAGAAGGGAGUCAAUUAACUAUCACGUGUUCGGAAGGCUAUUCUCUGAUUGGUGUAGCCAAUGUCACGUGCCACAGUGAGGAAUGGAAUCCGGAAGUUGGGGAGUGUUUAGCGAAUUGCCCCUCUCCGGGCGUUGCGAAUUCGGACUUUGCAACUAACCAGGAGGAGACCAAUCAUGGUGAUUACAUCAUUCUCACCUGCGACGAGGGUUUUACUUCCGGUUCGGGGGAAAACGUGUCAGAACCUUUGACCUGUGUUGAUGGUACUUGGGAUAAAGAUUUAUACUGUUACGCUAAUUAUUGCCCAUCGAUCUCACCCCCUGACGAUGGAUACGCCAACAGCCUCGUUGAGCCGUUCUAUCACGGUCGUGUCGUCACAUUUAACUGCAGCGUCGGGUUCACGUUGGUUGGGGAUUCCAAUUCGAUGUGUUAUGAUGGAAACUGGACGAAUGCCGUUCCAGAAUGCAAAGCCGACUGUUUGGUACCUUACAUUAAGAACUCCAACCUGAACGACACGACGAAUAGCACGUACGUUCCACACGAUAGCUCAACGACGCUUACUUGUAACGAUGGCUUUACGUUCGAAAUCGGAUCUGACUUCGAUGGCAUCCUUACAUGUGAUGAUGGCGUUAUUGAUAGCUCCGGAAUAGAAUGCCUCGAGUAUUGUGCAAGUCCUACAGUGCCAAAUUCUAACUGGGCUAACCGAACCGACGUAUAUCCAAAUGGACGGUCAGUUGUUGUUAUAUGUGACGAUGGCUUUAGUUCCGGAUCCGGAUUGUUGCAAGUUGAAAUACUAGUCUGUGAAGGCAGUUCUUGGAACGACAGUGUAUACUGCUACGAAAAUUGCCCCAAUAUAUCACCACCAGACGGAGGAAAUAUGUAUCCAGGUUCCGCAUCAUUUUACCACUCUAACUCGGUCUACUUCAACUGCAGCGAGAACUAUCUCUUCGUAGGCCAAUCCAAUCUAACUUGUGAUAACGGCACUUGGUCCGAUUCUGUACCAGACUGCAAGGUUCCAGAUACUGACGCUCUAAUGAUUGUGGCAAUCACCUGCACGGUAGCAGUGGUUCUCCUUGUUGUCUUUGUGAUCGUGGUUCUCAUUUGCAAAAGGUCUCGACGGAAAAGGGCUGAUAAUUCCUCCUCACCUACAGAUGCCUUGACAACUUUUAGAGGAUGCAAGGACACCUUACCCCCCAGCCCCCCGGAAAACUUUGGAAACCAACAAGAUGAUCACGAUUUUACCAUUGAAAUACCUACCCCUGGCGGUACAAUGUUUUAUGAGGAGCCAGAUUCUAUUCAGCCAUCUAUUUAUCAAACUAUUAAUAACGAAGUCGUCGAUGGGGGAUAUGAACUAACGAUAUACAAAGAGGAUCCUUGAUAUAAACUGAGAUGAACAAUUUAUUGUAGACUAAGUCACAGUAGCGUACUUAUGGGUGGGGGCUUGGGACUCUUCCCCACAAAAAAGUAACAAAUUCACGACCAAGAAAAAAAAAAAGGGAAAAGAGGAAAGAGAGAAGGGUGAAAUAUGAUAUUUUCUGAAUAUUAUGUCAAAAAUCUAUCACAAAAUUUGAUAUUUUUAAUAAAGGUGUCGAAAUUUUUGCUUGCUCGCUCGUAACUUUUUAACAAAUUUUGCCCGAUGCGCCAUAUCUAGCCUCUCAAUUUUUUUUGGCUCAUUACGCCACUGCUAAGUCACCAGCAUGUAGUAGUAUGAUUGCCCGUAAGGUAGGUUUGAUGAGUGUGUCAUAAACCUAUUCGAAAGUUAUGUUAGUUGGGAAUUACUUGAAACUUGACUCGAUAUCUGUGCCUAGGUUUCUGACGUAGCACCUAAGAAUAUGUUAAAUUCGUGUAUAACGUCGUGCCUAACGAGCAGCUUUAUGAAACACCCACCAAAUGAUUUCCACGUAGUUUACAACAUUAUUUACCAGAGAAGAUAAAUGAGCUAAAUGCCGAUUUGCAUUUCCUGUUUUUUAAUGCUCUAUAGUUCAGCGUAAUGAACUGCGUUAGAUAGGGUGUAGUUUCCGGCAUAGCGCUGCAACUAAUACAUUCUUGUUGCUUUUUUUUCUGUUUUGUAUCUCUCCUUUCCCCCUUCUCCCUUUAUAUAUUUCCGUCUUCUCUGUCUCUCUAUCUAUCUCCCACUAUCUCUUCUAUUCAAUAGUUAACAGAUAUUAUAAUUC